GGCGAUGGGGGGGGGUUGGACGUGCGGAUCCUCGCUGUUGAUUCGUGGUCUGCGGUCUUCUGCACUUCGUGACGAGCGGAUCCUCGGUAACGUUUACGGCGAUGGCGUCGGAGGGGAUGGACAUGCGUCAUGCGCUAUCGAAGGCGGAAAGGGCUGCGGUGGCAGCGGCCGUGAGCGCCAUCCUCUUUCGGUGCCAGUUGGAGAGGGGCGAGGGGAGGAUGAGAGCGGCCAUUCGCGUGCGGCGGAAACGGAUGUUGCAGUCGCCGUCUGUGGGGGGCGACGAAAACGCUGCCAUUCGCGACGCCGUGCUGCAGGUGUGCUACGCCAUGGGGUGUGGAUCGUUCCCCAGAGCGACGCCCAGAUGGUGGAUGAAGCGACGUACAGGCGGCACGUGGGAGGAUCUCCGGCUAUGCGACGACGCGACGACGGACUACUUCAGGGAGAAGCUACGAAUGUCGCCACGUGUAUUCCGAGAGAUAACGGAAGCUCUGUCUCCCUUCCUCGAGCGACGUGUCACUUUCUACAGGGAGCCCCUCCAGCCAGACCAGAUUGUCGCCUACGCUUUGUACAGGUGGGCGUCGGGGGAGACAUACGAGAGCGGGACAUGCAGCUUUGGCAUUCGCAGAUCUUCUGGGUUGGUGGCGGUGUGGGAUGUGACUGCGGCGUUGCUCAGUGCAUUCCCUGACAAGAUCUCAUGGCCGACGGGUCUGCAGAAGGCGGCACGCGCGGAGGCGGGAAAGCUUUUCACCGGCCCACCUGUCAUGCUGCCUUUCGGUGUGCGGACGGACGGAUAUCUGCUGGGGGACAAAGGGUACCCGCACUCCGAAUGGGUUGUCGUCCCUUACGGCGGUGUAUCCCAAAACCCUGUGGAGAUGCGCUUCGAUAACAAGCAGAAGACGGCGAGGGGGGCAGUGGAGAGGGCUUUUGGCAGACUUAAGGGGAUGUGGAGGUUGUUCCUUCGAUCCCACAAGACGAACAUGGAGACGUUGCCGCAAGAGUUCGUCGCCGUCUGCAUUCUCCACAACAUACUCAUCGACGCGGGCAUCCCGUUCGACGACAAUCUGCUCUGGGAGGUCGGGCCGGAUGGUGUUCGUCGCAGGGUGGAUCUUGGGAUGGGUCGUCCCGUGAGGCAGAUGUGCAUGGAGUCCUUCAUAGGGGAUGCCCUCAUUCUACGUGACGCACUGGCUGAGCGAAUGGCGACACAGUGAAGACGGCGAGGCGAGCGGAGGGAUCGACCUUGAUGGCAUGGCUGAGGCGAUUAAACGCGGCCGUGUCCCGCGGGGUGGAAGGUAGAAAUCGUGGCAGAAGACGCGGGGUGCUCCAUGUC